AGUGAGUAGUAGAUAAUUAUGACUGUAAGCAAUUUGAGUUAAACUUUUUUUUGUACACUUUAAGCACUUGCCCCUGCAAAGGUCUGUGCAAAGCUGUGACGCUCAGUGUUGUGUUAUUAGUGGGUAUUUGUUGUUUUUCAGAGAAUUGCGAUUACAAUUCCUUGAAAGCAGAGAGAGAACUUGUUAGAAAUCCUGAAAUAGCUGAAACUUGGGCUAUUUCUUUGUCUGAGUAACACUCAGUUCAUACCAGUCAUUUGUUCUGAAUAGAAAAGAGAAGUCAACUCAUCCAGAUAGAAAAAAAUUAAAAUCUUUCUCUUGCUCUCUUUCUGUGGGCUUGCGCAUGUGGGUGGUGAGCGAACAUGAAUGGUUAGCUACUGCUCACAAGCCACUUCAAAACCACACAGACCUUCUUGGCUGUCAGACAAAACCAGUCAGACAUAAAAUAUGGCUAUGAAUGUGAUGCUGUGAAUUGGAGCUCUAUUCUAUGAGACACAAAGACCAACAAUGCAUUUUCUGCACAAACCUCUGCCCUACUUACUCUUUGGUAAGUACUUUUCUUCUCAUUUUGUGUUAGAACAUUUUACAGAACAUUUAAAAAUCUCCACAUUAAUUCUGUAAAAGUCGAAAGACUACAUCUAAGAAAUCUACAUUUCCAGCACACGGUGUAUCCCAUCCUCUAUUCCCCAAUCUACUGUAUGUCAAUGAGGUUGUCUUUUGAACUAUUUCCUCAUUCUAUACUCCUCCACUCAGUAUAUCUAAUUUUGAGUAAGCAGGUGUCCCAGGAAUGAUGACGAUCUUCGAUUAUCUGUUACUGCUGUCUUGGUUACUGCUGUCUUGGUUACUGCUGUCCCUUUUUUUAGGUGUUCUCUUUGAAUAUUUUACCACACUCUGUUCCCCUCUCCAAGUUUCUCCAGUGUCCUGUGGGUCCAAGAAUAUCUCUUCAUAUUACGGACACUGUGUCACAUCCCAAGAGGGAGUCCGUGAAUUAGUUUGCUUUGUACCUCUGGGCUUCAAUAGGAAUGGCUGGGAAUGUGUGUGGACACCUAGAAAGCAUCUUGUCUACCAAACACACAGAUACACACUCAUCAUAGAACAGAAAAUGAUUCACUCUUGCAAAAUGUAUGCAAACAUAUCAGGGACAUCUCAGACUUUGAAUAAUCUGUCUAAAAAGCGCAACAUGACGGCUCAUGUGUUUGACGAGAGUGAUCCGAAGAGCUGCACAAAGAACGUUUUCAGAGGUUCACCUCAACAAUUGGUUCGAUGCGGCCCUCCAUCUAACGUCGACUUAAAUCGCCAUUCAAGACAGCUGGAUAUCCAGACCUCCUGGAGGAAGGAGGAGAACAAAUAUGUUGCGCUGUACUCUGUGAGGUACAAGGACCUGAAGAGCCAGUCAUGGAAAGAGCCACCAGUGCAAUCCAAGGAUAGCAAUAGGUGCACUCUGGGUAAUCUUAACUCCUCACUGUCCUAUGUGGUGCAAAUACAGUGUGUGGCCAACGACAAAUGUACCCAGUGCCCCUGGAGCAAGAAUUUCACUGUUCCACCUGAACUUACUGAUAAGCCUGUCAUUAAGAUGGUAGAAGAUUUUCCACAAACCAAAGGAAGUAGAUUAGUGAUCAUAAAAUGGAAGUUUGCAGCCAGUGAGUUAGCGGAGGGCUACAGUGUGACAGUGGGGAAGGCCUCAGGAGAGGACCCCAUUGAGGCCUUCAACACCAGCAGGACCCUACUCCGACUGGCCCUGUCUCACUCAGCCUACCACCUCACCAUCACAGCCUUCAACAAGGCGGGGAACUCACCUGCAGCACAAAGGACUAUACCUCCACUGGACGACAAAGACUUAUAUGGGAGGCUGAAUGUGACAUUCAAUGGCAACACGUCCUUCACUGUCUCCUGGGUGGAUGACCUGAUCAAAACCUACUCCUGCUUCUCAGUGGAGUGGUGGAGGAGAGGAGAGAAAGCUGCUCACAAGUCCUUCUAUGAGGAUGAGAACAACUAUGAAGUCAUACACUUGGAGGAGCCAUUAGAGCUGUAUAAGAAGUACACCUUCACUCUGCACACGAGGCCACAUAAAGAACCCUGCAACCUGAAGUUCAUCAACAACAGCGAGAGCACCUACGGGAGCAUCCAGUCCUUCUUCACUGAAGGAUCCCCCAUCAGUGCCCCAGGGAACAUAAGCAGCAGUAAUGUUAGCCAGAGUUCCAUGGUGCUGGAGUGGACGGCUGUCCCCGAGGAGGACAACAGAGGUUUCCUGCUGGGCUACUUCCUCCAUUACACAGAGAGGCUGCAGGACUGGACAGAUACUGAACCAAACAUCACUGUGGAUGCUGGUUCAACCAGCUAUGAGUUGGUAGACCUAAAGAGCAGUACUGUAUACCGGGUCCAGUUGUCUGCCUUCACUGGUGCAGGAAUGGGAGUGAGAAGCUCGGCUGCAUACUUUGAAACCAAACCUGAAGCAUCCCUGACUGUGAGUGGUGUGAUAGCGGGGGCCAUUGUUGGAGUAACUUUACUCUUACUGGUGGUUCAUCUCGGCUCUCAGUUGUUAAAAAGAGCAAAGAAACUACUUUGGCCGAAUAUCCCCAAUCCAGGUAACAGCAAUGCCAUCCAGAAAAUAGAUGGGGUCUGCGAUCUGGAACUCCUGGAGCUCAUCAACCGACAGAUGUUGAAGGAAGAAGAGGGGGACUCCAACAGUCUACACAUUGUCAAUGGAAGAGAAGAAAUGUCUCCCGUUGGCAACCUCCAUCGCAAUGCUGACUCAUGUCUACACCUCAACACAGACCAUGGGGAGAGCCAAGGGCCUUCUCUGUCAACCAUAGCCACAGACAGAGCUCAAGAUCCAAAUUCUGACACCAUUACAUCUAUCCCCACAGACAUGAGACAGACGGACCCUGUCCUCAUCAGUACGGUGGCCCACCAGUGCCACCCGUUGGCCUUUCUAAGUGAUUACACCACCAUGGAACUCUUCCAACAGGCUAUGCCACACUGUGUUCCAACCAAUACGUCGUCAUCAUUGGAAUCCCAGGAUCAGUGAAGCCAGAUCAGUCAAGCCACAUCAGUCAAGCCAGAUCAGUCAAGCCAGAUCAGUCAAUCCAGAUCAGACAAGCCAGGCCAGAGUUAGAUUACAUCCACCAGACCCAAGGCAGCACCAGUCCAUCUCUGAACACUAAGGUGUAUACCAUGGUUCUUUGAGAAUGUUUACUGUAGAUUCUAGAAUCUGCUUUUCUCACUGAGAUGCUGUGCAACCAUUCUAGGCCUUUCUCUAUGUAAACAGAGCCACCGGCUGCCAUCAGUGUCACCCUGUUAACUAGCAUAUUCUUAUGUGUUUGAGCGGUUCUGGACUGGUUCCGACUGACAUUUUGGUGUAAAAAGCUCUCUGUUAACGCCGUAAGGUCCCGUGACUUAUAAUGCCAAAAAGCCUCAUCUGCCUGUUCUCCGUAUCCAUUCUCUAAGCAGAGCUGACUUGAAGCGUCAGGUUUCAGACCCCAUAGUUGCAUAGGCAGUGAGGUGUUACAUUUCUGUCCUAUUCAAACAAUGAAUUGAUUAUCUCUUCCCCUGAGCCCAGCUUGGGAGAUGGCAAAUGAACAGUGGACAGUCUAGCGAGGCCAUCCAUUGUGGAUUCAUCUGACUGUGAUAUUCUCAGACGGAUUUAGUGCUCUCAACACGAUGGGAUUGUCAUAACUCUGGAAUGAGAAAAUGUUUAAUGAUGUAGGGGAACUCAUAACAAACUCAAGCUGUUAUCCUGUCAAUACAUGUAUUGAUAGCUGCUAUGUGGUAGCCACAAGAUAGUGUGUUGAGGGAUUGUCCAAGAAGCAGACAUUGCACAAGAGUGGCGUUGAUUGACUGCUCUUUAUAUGAAUGGGCAUUUUUUUAUGGUUUUAAAUGAAAUCAUGGAUUAGAAACCAUUUUAUUUAUGUUUAUGUUGUUUAUGUAAACUGGCAUAGUGGACCUGUUUUGGUGUUUUCUUGAUGGAGGAAAACGAUGUCUCAGACACCGCUGCUGAGACUUCCAUAAGUGUUUAAUUGGGUUGAGAUCUGGUGACACACCCUUUAAAACACCCUAUGCUCCUUUGAGACCCCUCUUACAAAGUCACUGAGAUCUUGUCUUCUAGGCAUGGUAGCCAAAAUAAUGGCCAACUGGACAUUUUUAUACAUGACCCGAAGCAUGAUAGGAUGUUAAUUGCUUAAUUAAGUCAGAAUCCACACCUGUGAGGAAGCACCAGCUUUCAAUAUACUUUGAAUCUCUCAUUUACUUCAUUUUGGCAGUUACAUGUAGAUACACUAUAUAUACAAAUGUGUGGACACCCCUUCAAAUUAACGUGAUUUGUCAUUUCAGCCACACCCGUUGCUGACAGGUGUAUAAAAUCGAGCACACAGUUAUGCAAUCUCCAUUGACAAACAUUGUCAAUAGAAUGGCCUUACUGAAGAGCUCAGUGACUUUCAACGUGGCACUGUCACAGAACUGGUGGCACAGCCACCUUUCCAACAAGUCAGUUUGUCAAAUUUCUGCCCUGCUAGAGCUGCCCUGGGCCAACUGUACGUGCUGUUAUUGUGAGGUGGAAACGUCUAGGAGCAACAACGGCUCAGCCGCGAAGUGGUAGGGCACACAAGCUCACAGAAGGGGACCGCCGAGUGCUGGAGUGCUGAAGUGCUGUUGAACAGAACCGCUGAGUCUAAGGUACUGCAGUGCUUGAGGUGUCACUACAGACCCGGGUUCAAUCCCAGGCGGUGUCACAGCCGACCGGGAGGCCCGUGAGGCGGUACACAAUCCCAUCGCGCUCUAGCGACUCCUUGUGGCGGGCCAGGACCCUACAAGCUGACUUGGGUCGCCAGCUGGACAGUGUUUCCUCUGAUACGUUGGUGUGGCUGUUUUCCGGGUUAAGUGAGCAGUGUGUCAAGAAGCAGUGCGGCUUGGAGGGUCGUGUUUUGGAGGAUGCAUGGCUCUUGACCUUUGCCUCUCCCGAGUCCGUAGGGGAGUUGCAGCGAUGGGACAAGACUAUAACUACCAAUUGGAUACCAAAGAAUUGGGGAGAAAAAGGGGGUAAAAGUACAAAAAAAAUAUAUAUAUAUGUACUUCCUCGGUUGCAACACUCACUUACGAGUUCCAAACUGCCUCUGAAGGCAACAUCAGCACAACGUUUGUCGAGAGCUUCAUGAAAUGGGUUUCCAUGUCCGAGCAGCCGCAGAGUACGUCGGCUGGAGUGGUGAAAAGCUUGGACUCUGGAGCAGUGGAAACGCAUUCUCUGGAGUGAGGAAUCACGCUUCACCAUGUGGCAGUCUGACGGACAAAUCUGGGUUAGGCGGAUGCCAGGAGAACGCUACCUGCUCGAAUCCAUAGUGCCAGCCUUAAAGUUUAGUGGAGGAGGAAUAAUGGUCUGGGGCUGUUUUUCAUGGUUCGGGCUAGGCCUCUUAGUUCCAGUGAAGGGAAAUCUUAAUGCAACAGCAUACAAAUACAUUCUAGAUGCUUCUGUGCUUCCAACUUUGUGGCAACAGUUUGGGGAAGGCCCUUUCCAGUUUCAGCAUGACAAUGCCCCCAUGCACAAAGCAAGGUCCAUACAGAAAUGGUCUGUCGAGAUCGGUGUGAAAGACCUUAACUUGACAGGCCUGCACAGAGCCCUGACCUCAACCCCAUCAAACACCUUUUGGAUGAAUUGGAACGCCGACUGCGAGCCAGGCCUAAUCGCCCAACAUCAGUGCCCGACCUCACUAAUGCUCGUGGCUGAAUAGAAGCAAGUUCUUACAGCAAUGUUCCAACAUCUAGUGGAAAUCCUUCCUAUAAGAGUGCAGGCUGUUAUAGCAGCAAAGGAGGGAUCAACCCCCUUUUAAUUCCCAUGAUUUUGGAAAGAGAUCUAUCUAUUUGAAUAUUGAUGGCAAGACCUGAAAUGGUUGUCUCGCAAUGAUCAACAACCUAUUUUAAUUUUUAAUUUUACCUUUAUUUAACCAGGCAAGUCAGUUAAGAACAAAUUCUUAUUUUCAAUGACGGCCUAGGAACAGUGGGUUAACUGCCUGUUCAGGGGCAGAACGACAGAUUUGUACCUUGUCGGCUCAGGGGUUACUAGUCCAGCGCUCUAACCACUAGGCUACCCUGCCGCCCCAGAGGUUGAAGAAUUUUGAAAUUAAUAAAUGGGUAAAUGUUGCAGGUGUGAAAAGCUCUAAAAGAGUUACCCAGAAAGACUCCCAGGUGUAAUCUUUGCCAAAGGUGCUUCUACAUAGUAUUGACUCAGGGGUGUGAAUAGUUACAGUACCAGUCAAACGUUUGGACACACCUACUCAUUCAAGGGUUGUUCUUUAUUUUUUACUAUUUUCUACAUUGUAGAAUAAUAAUAAUCAGAUGACCUGGCCUCCACAAUCACCUGACCUCAACCCAAUUGAGAUAGUUUGGGAUGAGUUGGAACGCAGAGUGAAGGAAAAGCAGCCAACAAGUGCUCAGCAUAUGUGGGAACUCCUUCUAGACUGUUGGAAAAACAUUCCAGGUGAAGCUGAUUGAGAAAAUGCCAAGAGUGUGCAAAGUUGUCAUCAAGACAAAGGGUGGCUACUAAUCUAAAAUAUAUUUGGAUUUGUUUAACACUUUUUUGGUUACUACAUGAUUCUAUAAUAUGUGUUAUUUCAUAGUACAAUGUAGAAAAUAGUAAAAAUAAAGAACAACCCUUGAAUGACUAGGUGUGGCCAAACUUUUUUUGACUGGUACUGUAUGUUUGAUAUAUUUCUCGUAAAAAUGUUUUAAAAAACAAUGUUUUCACUUUGUGUUUAUGGGGUAUUGUGUGUAGAUGGGUUAGAAAAAAAAUCUAUUGAAUCCAUUUUGAAUUCAGACUGUAACACAACAAAAUGUGGAAUGAGUCAAGGGGUAUGAAUACUUUCUGAAGGCACUGUAUGUAUUUAUUUAUCCAGGGAAGUCAUAUUGAGAUUUUUCAAAUGGGCCCUGGCCAAGAAAAGCACCAAAUUGUGUGAAACACAGAAAUUAGAAAUAGCAGGAGUCAUGAUAAAAAAAGGUCUUGCGCCAGCAAUGUUUCUACUGUCAUUAAAAUCCUCAAUUGUAAUAAAAUGGUCAAGAGUUA